AUGCUUCCUUCAAUCAUCUCCAAAUUCCACCAUUUUCGCUCACACCGCUCUAUUCUUCUCUCGAAGCUUCAAAUUCUCCUCUUGUAUCAUACUUCUCCGCACUCAAAUGUUCAAUUUCCUCCCAGAGCGACCUCGCACCCCUCUCAAAACCACCACCCCACACCCAGCUUCCUAGUCAACCCGGCUCCGACCCACUUCGAAAAAUCGAAUUUUGAACCGGAAACGGUUGUCGAAACUCUCAAUUCGUACGCCAAUGACUGGAAGCUCGCGUUAGAGUUUUACAAUUGGGUCGAAACCGAGUGUGGGUUUCAACACACAGCUCACACACUUAAUCGGAUUGUCGACAUUCUCGGUAAGUUUUUCGAGUACGAAAUCGCCUGGAAUCUUAUUGAAAGAAAGCGGAUAAACGGAUGUUGUUUGCCUGAUCACACGACUUUUAGGGUGUUGUUCAAGCGUUAUGUUUCGGCCCACCUUGUUAAAGAAGCAAUCGAUGCUUUUGUUAGAUCGAAUGAUUAUAAUUUGAGGGAUGAAAUUUCAUUUUCGAAUCUGAUUGACGCUCUGUGCGAGUACAAGCAUGUGAUAGAAGCUGAAGAACUAUGCUUCAAGAAAAGCUGGGGCGACCAAUUUGGGCAGGAUUUGCUCUGUUUCAAUGUGGAAAACACAAAAAUUUAUAACAUUAUCCUACGCGGCUGGUUUAAAAUGCAGUGGUGGAAGAAGUGUAGGGAGUUCUGGGAGGAGAUGGAUAAGAGGGGUGUAGAGAAAGACAUGUAUUCGUACUCGAUAUAUAUGGACAUCCAAAACAAGAGUGGGAAGCCAUGGAAAGCCGUGAAGCUGUACAAGGAGAUGAGGAAGAAGGGCAUUCAACUGGACGUGGUGGCCUACAACACAGUGAUUCGUGCUAUGGGAAUCUCGGAAGGGGUGGAUGUGGCAGUGAGGCUCUACAAAGAGAUGAUCGAGUUAGGCUGUGCCCCAAAUGUUGUAACUUUCAACACAAUUCUAAAGCUGUUGUGUGAGAAUGGGAGGUAUAGAGAAGCACAUAGGGUGCUCAAUCUCAUGACUAGGAAGGGCUGUGAGCCGAAUAUAGUUACAUAUCACUGCUUCUUCACUUGCCUUGAAAAGCCUCGUGAGAUCUUAAGGUAUUUCGAUAGGAUGUUGGAAAGCGGGGUUCAAGCAAGGAUGGAUACAUAUGUGAUGCUGAUGAGGAAGUUUGGGAGAUGGGGGUUCCUUCGUCCUGUUUUGAUGCUGUGGGAUAAGAUGGCAGAGCAUGGGCUGAGCCCGGAUGAGUUUGCUUAUAAUGCUCUCAUUGAUGUUUUGCUGCAGAAGGGUUUGGUUGAUAUGGCGCGAAAAUAUGAUGAAGAGAUGUUUCACAAAGGGCUUUCACCUAAGCCAAGGGCUGAAUUGCAGCCAAAAAUGGAUGAUCAAGGAUCCGGCAAUGCCUAACUUUUUAAUCCCGUUUGAGUGAAUGGGCAAUGAGUUGCCGAUUUUCUCUGUUUCUUCUUCACUUUUAAAUGGAGUAUUUUAAAUAUCA